AUGACGGCUAACAGUGUGGAUAAAGUUGCAGAGUCGCUGACAGAUUUCAUUCACUCCAUUGCAACUGAUGCUUGUCCUAUGGAUGAAAUCCGUUCAGAAAUACCGAGCGCUUUUCCUCAUGUAGACCUGGGAAGCGAGGCAUCAGGAGGUGGGCUGGGUGCAGACAGUUGCUCUAAGGAAAAGCGCAUUGCUGACUUUACAGAUCCGAACAGCACACAGAGUUCUCCUCUCGCCUACACGGGUAAGAUUUCCAUUGGCGCUCAGUGCGCAGUCGGCAGCUGGAACACAGACAGCUUGAUCAACUUUGUCUGCACAGAAGUACAAAGCGCGACACCUUCCCUCACCUCUUUCCCGACCUCCUCUCCAGGAUCCACAGACCUCUCAGGGGCUCCAGUUUGCGCCAAAGUACACGAGAAGGAUAUGGAGCACAUGUACACAUCACCUACUCCUUACACCUGUAGUGCGGAUGGCUACCAGGACCCCUCGACCUACCUGUCAACCAGUACAUGCCCGAUAACGUACCCACCCGCUUCUUACACGUCCCCGAAGUCCACCAUAGACGGUGCGCUUUUCUCCAUCAUACCAGAUUAUGGAGGUUUUUACCAGAGCAGCAGCCAAAGGGAUGUGCCAGUCUUCCAAGACCGGAAACCGUUCUCCUGCUCUCUGGACUCCGUUCGAGUUCCUCCGCCCCUCACUCCACUGAACAUGAUCAGAAAUUUUACUCUUUCGUGUCCCGUGGACGGAUUGAGGCCACCCACGGACUCCAACCCUCAGAGUGUCCAGUUACGACCAAUACUGCGACCAAGGAAGUACCCGACCCGGCCGUGCAAGACCCCGGUUCAUGAGCGUCCGUACCCGUGUCCAGCGGAGGGAUGCGACCGCAGGUUCUCGCGCUCCGACGAGCUCACGCGCCAUGUGCGCAUCCACACCGGCCACAAGCCGUUCCAAUGCCGCAUCUGCAUGCGCAGCUUCAGCCGCAGUGACCACCUCACCACGCACAUCCGCACGCACACGGGAGAGAAGCCCUUCUCCUGCGACUUCUGCGGCCGGAAGUUCGCCAGGAGCGACGAGAGAAGGAGGCACGCAAAAAUCCACCAAAGACAGAAAGAGAAAAGGGCGAGCGCUCCUCCUGCCCACACAUCAGGCGCUCAGGGAGCCAUGUGA